AAACGUAAAGGACCAAAUUGAAACCUAAAAUAAACGUAAGGGACCAAAUGUAUAGUUAAACCAAUAAAUAAUAUGCAGUCAUUUCAUAGAACAUUGUUAAAUUGAAAAAACUCAAAUUUCUUUUUUCCUAACAUUUCUAUUGUUCAUUGAUUUUAUAGGUUGCUGUGAUGCUUCCGAAGAUGUUUUCUGCUGAUUUUCGACACAAAAUUUAUCGUUUUGCAACUUUGGUAGAUCCGUUCGCGAAUCAAUUUGAAGUAUUAGUCGAAAAAAUUAACAAUAAUAUUUAUCUAACGCAUGGCUGGUAUGCUUUAAAAGAUUUUUACAAUAUCAACUGUAUCGAGGCUUGGGUUACAUUGGUAUACACCGGAAGAGGACAAUUUGGUAUAAUUUUAAGGGAUAGGUUUCGUGCAGUUAUAGAUCCACCAAAAUUUGAACCUCCUAUGAAAUUCAAAUUAUAUAAAUCGCGUGUUGGGUCUGACUUUGUAGCUGAUCUCCUAGAAGAUACGAAUCUUCUGUCGUAUACUCAUGAAAUUGGUGUUGAUGACAUCACUUUCGAGAAAAAAUUAAGUGCUUAUGACAUUACCACAAAGUUUUUGAUGGUACCGUAUGAAGAGUUUGGUGAGAAAGCUUUUAAGAAGAAAAUGACUACAAUUGAGAUUGUUGAUGACUCUGGAAACAUAUGGAAGUGUAUUAUCAUAUGUGGUUCUUUUCAAUACAAACAUUAUAAGAUUGGUGGCGAGUGGAAAAGAUUGGUGGCGGCAAGGAGAAUUGAUGUCGGCGACAUGAUUAAACUUCAUUGUGAUGUGCUUGGAAAGGAUGAUCAUCUUUAUAUCAAACUUAAUCGUUGAUUUUUUUUCUUUCAAUCUUAUACUUUUAAUCGAAUGUUUCGUGUUUCAUUUUUUACCGUCGGGUGUAAUGUUGAAGAUUUUGCUACAAAUUCAUUCAUGUUUCUCCACUACUUUAUUUAUUUUAAUCAGGACAUUAUAAGAGAUAUAUUUGUAUGAAUGGUCAUAGCUGCAA